AUGUCUACUUUAGAAUCUAUUACUGCUAUAGGAGAAAAACUCGGAUAUGAGGGUAAGCAGUUGGCUGAGUUUGUAAAGGAACAUAUGCAAAUAGAGAAAGAGAACAGGCAGAUUGAGAGAGAAGCUAGAGUAGCUAGAAGGCAGGAGUUAGCAGAGAAGAAGGAGAAGUUACAGUUGGAGAUAAAGUUGGAGCAAGUAAAGAAAGGUGAAAGUAGUGGUGAUGGUGACUCGGCAGGACACUUUACUGUGUGGACUCAGAAGCUUAUACCUAAAUUUUCAGAGACAGAUGUGAGGAAAGCUCAGGAAGCUUAUGCUACACUUAGCUUCGAUGAUAGCAUAGAUUAUGAGGUAGUGAAGAGCGCUGUGUUGUCCGCUUAUCAACUUGUUCCCGAAGCGUACAGACAAAAGUUCAGAAAUUAUGUGAAAGGAGCAAACCAGACAUUUUUUGAUUAUGCGAGGCAUAAGUCUGUAUUGUUCGAUAAUUGGCUCCGGUCUAGGUCAAUUACUGAUUUUGUAGAUCUUAGAGAACUUCUUUUGCUUGAAGAUUUCAAAAAUAGUAUGUCUAGGGAUGUCAGAGUACACUUGGAAGAGUUAGAUCAUAAAACUUUGGAAGAAGCAGCCAGGUCAGCUGAUAGAUUUGUACUAACUCAUGGUAAGACUUAUCAACCCAGAACUUAUAAGUAUAGUUAUAGUCAUUAUCAGCCAAGUAGAAAAUAUGUAACUAGAGAUCAAACACAGAAUAACUCCCCUAAAGUAAGUAAGGAUAAGAAAGAGAUAACAUGUUACAAAUGUGGUAAACUAGGACAUUUUCAGUUUGAGUGUAAACAGACAAAAGGUAAAGUAACACUAAUCUCAAGAUGUCAAGUUAGUAAGGAUGAGUAUGUGAGUAAAAUGAGUAAAGUUGAUUUUGAAAAUAGUAAGAGUGAUGAAACGAAUGAAGUGUUGAAGAAUUUUGGAGAGUAUCUGCAUGAAGGUAGAAUAAGAGUGUUAAAGAAUCCAGAUGUUGUAAGUAAAACUUUAGUUAUGUUAAGAGAUACUGGUGCGUCUCAGUCAUGUGUAUUAAGAAAAAGUUUACCAGAAAAUUAUGAGAGUAAAGAAGAUAAUUUUGUUCUGCUAGGAGGUUUUCCUAAUUCGUCUGUGUCAUGUCCACUUGUUGAAUUUAAAAUUGAGUCAGAGCUAGUUCAAGGUACCCAUAGAUUUGCGAUUAUAGAACAAUUGCCCAUUCCAGGUAUAGAUGUGAUAAUAGGUAAUGAUGUAAUAUGUCCAGUUCAACAGAGAGGGGAAAGAGUAAGUAAAGAAGUAGUUGAAGUGACCAGUAAACCUAUAGCUCCCGUAACCAGAGCUCAGAGUAAGUUGACGACAGUAGAUGAGGAUGAAGAUCUCAACUUGGCAGACUUGGAGAAGGAAGUGGUAGUGGGUAAUAUUCCAGUGCAAGAGUCGUUGAAGUGUAUAGGUGACAGAAAAGAUUUAGUAAAGGCGCAGAAAGAAGAUAAAGGUUUAAGUAACAUUUUUGAGAAUGCUGUUCCAGAAAAUGAAGUAUCGGAUGUAAGUAAGCCUUGUUUUUUCAUUAGAAAUGAAGUAUUGUAUAGAUUGUCCAGAUCAAAAUUAGCAAAUGCUAGUAAUGCAUAUGUAGAUUAUCAAAUUGUAGUCCCUGAGAAGUAUAGAAAUGUAAUAAUGCAACAAGCCCAUGAUAAUCUUUGUGGAGGACACUUUGGUAUUGCCAAGACUAUGUACAAAGUGAGAAAGCAUUUUUUUUGUCCUUCAUUAAAGAAAGAUGUAAAUAGAUAUUGUAAAUGCUGUCAUACAUGCCAAGUUGUAGGUAAGCCCAAUCAAAUUAUACCUAAAGCACCUAUUGUACCAAUAACUGUACUAACAGAACCAUUUUCGCAGAUUGUGAUAGAUAUAGUGGGACCGCUACCAAAAACAUCAUCAGGUAAUGAAUACAUCUUAACUAUCAUGGAUCGCACCACCAGAUAUCCAGAAGCUAUCCCGAUACGCAAGAUUUCCAGUAAAGUAGUAAUCAAACAUUUAACAGAUUAUUUUUCUAGAUUCGGCUUUCCAAAGGAAUUACAAUCAGAUAGAGGCAGUAACUUUAUGAGUAAGUUGUUUAGUAAGAAAAUGCUAGAAUGGAAUAUUAAGCAUGUUGUAUCUUCGCCAUACCAUCCAGAAAGCCAAGGGAUGUUAGAACGAUUUCACCUAACUAUGAAAAAUGCUUUAACUAAGUAUGGGUCUGAAUUUCAAAGUCAGUGGGAUGUUGAUUUGCCAUAUGUUUUGUUUGCAAUUAGAUCAUCUCCAAAUGAAAGCUUAGGUUUACCCCUUUUGAAUUGA